CGAGGAGAGCCCUAGGCCUGUGUUCCGGGAGGUGAAGGCGUGGCUGGGGAGGACGGCGGCCGUGGCGGGGGCGUGAGUUGCAGGAAAGGACAAAUGUUGGGAGGCGAAGGAUCCCCCUCAUGUAAACACGACCGAAAAUAGCGAUAAUCAAUGAAAACAAACCUCGAAAUCAUCUUAUUUUUAGCCCGUGGACCCACUUUAUCUCAACUGCCGCCAAGCGGGACUAACCAUUCAUCGUAAGCCACGGCCAUGUAUGGCCAAAAAGAUAAAGAUGUGGGUGAGGGAGGCAAUACAGUAUUCAUUGAUGCAUCAGCCUUGGGAGAGCUGUCAAGCCAGCUGACACAGCAGGAUCUGGAAACUCUAGUUGGCUUUAACAUCCAGCCUGCAGAUCUUGAAGCUCUCCAUGAAGCCACAGAAGCACAUGUUGUAGACACAAGUGGCGUACUCAUAUCAGAUGGAGUGGCCGUGGGAAAUAUUGUGGAGGUGGCUGGAGGUGGAGGAGUGGAUGAUUCACAACAGCUGGAUGCUCACACUCACCACCAGGCACACCACCAGCCAAUGGAGGUGGAUGCACUCUCAGAGCACACACAAGUUAUUGGUGACAUGGACAUGCUCCAGCAAGGAGGAGAGCUGAUUACCAUGACAGGGGAAGAGUUGUCAGCUGGUGGGGAGUCGGGCACUGCAGCCCUGCUCGCUUCUGCUUCCACAGGUGGAGAUACCACAACCCACCAAAUUGUCACAGAGACCCCUCAGGUUAUCAAAAGCAGCCUUGGCCAGUUUGUGGUGCUUCAACAAAACCAGAAUUCACUAUCUUUGGGGUCAAUGAACAACCGCAUCAUAACGUCUGGAGGACAAGUAGUGACGACUAUGUCAGGCCUUGGGAACAGCAACAGCAACAAACCAGUUGUAGUUAAUGCAGCACAGCUCGGUGGUGCUCUUAGACAACAGAUAGUGGUGACACAGCCAGCUACUGUCCCUCAGCAAGUUCGCACUGUCCAGGUCAAACAGCCUCAGCAGACACAAUCACACAAUAGUGGAACAGUCACUAAGGUGAUCAUCACAAGUCAGGCAGGAGGCAGCUUUGGCAGCCUUGGAGGACAACAGGUCCGCCUGGUCACCAGUCAGAGUGGUACAGGUGGAAGCACCCAGAUGGUUCCAUCUCCCACCAAAUUUACACUCCAGCAAGCACAACAAAUGGGACUCAUUUCACCUUCAAAAACAGUGAGCCAGUCUCCAAACAAGAUUGUUGUCCAGCGUGUCAAUAUGGGGAGUUCUUCUCCCCUGAAAUCCCCAAGUAAGUUGGUGAUACCUGUCUCCAUGGCCAUGAAGUCUCCCACCAAAAUAGCCCCUGCUCCUCCCACCGGACAACAGCAGAUUAUAACACACCAGAUUAGCAGUGGGGGAGCAGUCCGCAAUAUUUUGUCCAGUCCACAGAAAAUUGUGAUCAAGAGCAAUGUACCUCAGCCUGGCCAGGGAUCAGUAAGCACUGUCAGAGCAGGGCAGAUUGUGACCUCUGGAGGACAGCAGGUCAUCAAAAUCCCUGCCAGCCAGGUGCAACAACUGACAGCUCAGCCACAGAAUGUACAGAUGUUUUCAAACAGGAUGAACUAUGUGAGAUUAGUGAGUCCAGGAGUGGGUGGAGGGGGUAGUGGAGGAGGGGGAGGAGCAGCAAGCCUCAUCCGACCAACACCACCUACCAACAAGCCCAUUGCCCCAGCUGCAUCUCAGCCCAUCAAGAUAAAAGCAAUGCCUAUUGCACCAAGUCAACAGCCCAGUAAACAGCGGGUGAUAAUCCCAGUGUCUGGUUCUGUGCCAACUGCCAGUGUUGGUGGUAGUGUUCCCAUACGUCCUCAGACAGCAAGUCUUACUUUGCCGGCCUCCGCUCUUCCCCCUGGAGUCCUCUCCAACACCCAGCCUGGUUCUGUGGUCAUGAUUCCAGCCCAUUACAUGUCUCAGCUACAGUCAAAUACAACAAAUAGUGCAACAGUCCAGAUGUCGAGCCAGCCAGCCCCAGGCACAAUAAUUCCACCCCCAAAGCCACAACCUCCACGAACAGUAAUAGAUGCAAAUGGAAUUAGACCAAGAAAGCCCUGUAAUUGUACAAAGAGCCAGUGUCUUAAACUUUACUGUGAUUGUUUUGCAAAUGGUGAGUUUUGCAAUAACUGCAACUGUGCAAAUUGUUUCAACAACUUAGCACAUGAAGAAGACAGACAAAAAGCAAUCAAGGCUUGUCUUGAUAGAAACCCUCAAGCUUUCCGGCCUAAAAUUGGAAAAGGAGGCAGUGAUAACGAACGCAGGCACAACAAAGGUUGUAACUGCAAGCGUUCGGGAUGCCUCAAAAAUUACUGUGAAUGUUACGAGGCCAAAAUUCCCUGUUCUAAUAUUUGUAAAUGUGUUGGUUGCAAAAAUGUUGACGUGAACCCUGGUGUAGAAAGAAAGGGCCUAAUGCAGUUAGCUGAAUGCGCAGAGGCAAGAGUGAACCAGCAGAAUGCUGUCAAGUCCAAACUUCCUUCCUUCUCUCAUCACUCUCCUACCAAGAUGCUCUUCCCAACAUCAUCAAAGUCUGGCUACUGUCGCAUGAAUCAGGAAGUUGUUGAAGCCACAUGUCAGUGUCUGCUGGCACAGGCUGACAAGGCAGAGAGUGCAUCAGUGUCCACAGCACAGUUAGAGCAAACUGUGAUCUCUGAGUUUUCCAGAUGCUUAAUGCAAAUUAUUGGCAGCUAUACUUCACGGUCUAGAGGUCUGGGAGACACGUAGCAUGAUAGCAGAUAGAUGGUUGUAGUAUAAUAUGAGGUAUCAAGUCAUGUAAAUAGAUUUAUAUUAAAGAAUGUUAUAUUUUCUAGAUUCUGCAAAUGGCAGGGGAACUGCUUCACAUAUACAUGAGUCUGUUCGUGUGUUGCUCUCAUUCAGAGUUUUAAUAUGGGAAAAAAAAAUCAAAUACUCAUGUUGAAAGGCUUAUCAAUGCUUGUUUAUCCUCAUCUCUCUCGUUGUUAGUUAUGUAACCUGUUCUCAAGUUUUUAUUACAUUUGUUAUGACCAACUUCCUCACUCUCUCUGCUUGUGUUUUUGUAUUCUUUUUCUUUUCUUUUUUUCUUUUUUUUUUUUACCUUUUCUCCUUUUGAUGUGACUCCUUGGCUAUUUAUGUUUUCCAUAUCUUGGAUGUUCUCUUUCGGUAUCCUCAAAGUGCAUUUGUUUCCUUACCUAUUUCCCGCAAAUCCUUUCUUUCAUUCUUUCGUUCUCUUUCUAGUGUUUAUUUUUAUCCAGUGUUCACUGCAUGUGUGCAGCAUAUAGUGGAAUACAGCCUUUUGUCCAGUGUGAGAGUGAUCCUUAUAGAGUUUCAACCACAGAAUGUCAUAUUAAUCAUUUCCAUAUCAUUAUUGUUGACAUUUUCAUGAGCAUCAUUAAUCUGUAAUCAAUUGUUAUUCUAGUAGUUGUAUUUAUUAGUUAUUAUUAUUAUUAAUGACAAUCUUAUCAUUAUUACUAUUAUUUCAUUACUAAUAUUUCAGUAUAAUUAUCAUUUAUUAU